ACACACCCUAAACCCUUCUUCUCCGCUCAUACCCAACCACACCCCCACCACCGCCGCCGCCGCUCGAUGGAGGCUGUCACCAUGUCACCCGCCGCGGUCUCCUCCGACGAACGCAUCCGGAGCUACGAGGACUUCGCGCGGGUGCACGCGUACCUGCUCGCAGCGGCCGGCGUUCCCCCGUCGCUGCACCAGCGGCUCUACCGCAAGCUAGCGGACGAGGUCUUCGACGGCGGCGAGGUCUUCGCCGUCGAGCCCUGCGAGGGUGGGAGACAGCGCCGCCUCGUUCUCGCCGCCGAGGGGCCAUUGGGGAGGGAGUCCGACGUCUUCCUCGUCGACCACGCGUGGUCCUUCCGCCUCCCCGAUGCGCUCAAGCAGUUGCGGGAUGUACCAGGAUUAGCUGAAAGAAUGGCAUCAUUGAUGUGUGUGGAUCUGGACCGGAGGAUCGAACUUGAAGAAUCAAAUGAGCAGGACCACGAGAAGAGAGGGAGCUUGGAGCAUGUCUUGCAAGUGUUGGAGAAAGAAAGGACUAGAAUCCAGGAAAUGGGAGGCCAUUCUGCAGCAUGGUUGGAACUUGAAGAACUUGGAAUUGAUGAUGACAUGCUAGUAGCCUCGGAUCUAUCUGCGAAAUUUCCGAAUCUGGUGGCUCUCAACCUAUGGGGAAACAGGCUGCAGGAUCCAGAGAAAAUUAUUCAAGAACUAGGGAAGUGUGAAAGGCUGAAGGCACUUUGGUUGAAUGAGAACCCUUCUCUUGGCAAAGGUAUUGACAAAGCUGUUCUAGAUGGUUUCCCUGAAUUGGAAAUAUACAACUCAAAUUUUACAAAGAAAGCUGGAGAGUGGGCAUUAGGUUUCUGUGGAGACAUUGUUGGAGCAGAUAAUCCCUGUUCCUCUGUUGAAAGCACAUCGUUGGAGAGUAUUAAGACUAUUGACCUCUCUGAUAGGUGCAUUCACAAACUACCAGAGGCAUUCUCUCCUAGUAAAUUGCCAUCCCUGUCAAAAUUGAACAUCCGUGGUAAUCCUUUGGAUCAAAUUUCUGGAGACGAGCUCUUGAAGUUAUUUAGUGGAUUUACUCAGUUACAAGAGUUGGAGGUUGACAUUCCUGGCCCUCUUGGAAGCAGUGCAAUUUCCAUUCUUGAGUUUCUCCCUAGUUUAUCUUUGCUAAAUGGUGUCAAUGUUUCAAGUAUAAUUGAGAGUGGUAAGCAUAUAGUUGAUUCUGCACUUCAACCGCGGCUUCCAGAAUGGUCACCAGAGGAACCUCUUGCUGAAAGAGUUAUUGGUGCAAUGUGGCUAUAUCUUAUGACAUACCGGCUUGCUGAUGAGGAAAAGAUUGAUGAAACACCUGUUUGGUAUGUCAUGGAUGAGUUGGGCUCAGCCAUGCGCCACAGUGAUGAUGCAAACUUCAGAAUAGCUCCAUUCUUGUUCAUGCCAGAAGGGAAACUGGUUUCUGCUAUAAGUUACACAGUUUUGUGGCCUACUUGUGAUAUUCAUACUGGAGAAGAGUGUACACGGGAUUUCUUAUUUGGCAUUGGCGAGGACAAACAACGUUCUGCUAGGCUUACAGCUUGGUUCCACACACCAGAAAGCUAUUUUAUUCAGGAAUUCAGAAAGUACCAGGAACAACUUCAAUCAAGUAGCAUUUGUCCUUCUACAAAAAUAGAACAGACACCAUUGACCAAAAGUAUACGGCCAAGUGAUGGGCGUGCACUUCGAGUAUUUACUGACAUACCCCAUGUGGAGGAAUUUCUAACACGGCCAGAGUUUGUUCUCACAACUGAUCCAAAGGAGGCAGACAUCAUCUGGGUAAGCAUGCAAGUGGAUUCAGAAGUAAAGAAUGCACUAGGACUUACAGACCAACAAUACACAAAUCAAUUUCCUUUUGAAGCUUGCCUAGUCAUGAAGCACCACCUGGCGGAGACUAUCCACAAGGCAUGGGGCUCACCUGAAUGGCUUCAGCCUACAUAUAACCUGGAGACCCAUUUGUCUCCACUCAUUGGUGAUUAUUGUAUGAGGAAACGAGAUGGCAUGGACAACUUAUGGAUCAUGAAGCCUUGGAACAUGGCAAGAACAAUCGAUACCACGGUUACUGGUGACUUAUCUGCUAUUGUCAGACUUAUGGAGACAGGUCCCAAGAUAUGCCAAAAAUAUAUUGAACAUCCUGCACUUUUCCAAGGAAGGAAGUUUGAUCUUCGGUACAUUGUUUUGGUCCGCAGCAUACGCCCUUUGGAGAUAUUUGUUUCUGAUGUUUUCUGGGUUAGGUUAGCAAACAAUCAGUACACUUUGGAGAAAACUAGCUUUUUUGAGUAUGAGACCCAUUUCACUGUGAUGAAUUAUAUUGGAAGGAUGAACCAUAUGAAUACACCAGAGUUCAUCAAGAAGUUUGAGAAGGAGCACCAAGUUAAAUGGUUGGAGAUCCAUGAAAGCGUACUGUCUAUGAUACGGUGCAUCUUCGAGUCGGCCUCAACUGUUCAUCCUGAGAUGCAGAACCCGUUCUCUAGGGCCAUCUAUGGGGUAGAUGUUAUGCUUGAUAACAGAUUCAAGCCAAAGAUUUUAGAGGUGACAUACUGUCCAGACUGCGGGAGGGCGUGCAAAUAUGACACGCAAGCUCUCGUGGGAAGCCAGAAUACCAUCAGAGGCCGUGAUUUCUUCAACACGGUGUUUGGCUGCCUCUUUCUCGACGAGCUAACAAACGUAUCGCCGUUGUAAGAAUCGCCGCAAAGGUUGUUGUAAGUCGUGACAUCGAAGCUAUCGCAACAUGACAUGUUGGCCUGUUGCCAAUGUGACGACAGAUGGGCCGCGGCCCUUUCUUGCCUGUUUUCAUCGCAAUUUGCUAAAACUUGCCGGUAGUACAACAUGGCCGUGGUGCCGCCUGGACUUUGAACCAUGCUCGUUACGGAAUGUGCUACGGUGCUCGUUUUCUGCACCUUUCUUGA